AUUAGAAGCAUGUGCAUAAAUCAGUGAAAACGCAUGACAAUUCAAAUCAAUGAUGCUCUGCAGUAGACACCAAAAAUGUGUUCAUUACGAAUCGUAAAUGAACAUUUAGCCUUAUUUAUCCCUUCGCGGACGGUGUAAAUGACAGUUUCCAUCAUUUGGGGCGUCACUGGUGGGCGCACUUGAGGAGAUCUGAAGCUGGCAUAAAAACAACAACAAGGAGCGAACCUCCCCUUUCCCUCUUUUUAAUCCAUCCAUCAUUCAACACAGGAACCCCAAUUUGUCCUCACUUUUUUUGCAUCUUCUGUAAUCCAUCAUGCACCCUGCAAGGCCUUGAAAGCAAACAGAAGAUGUUGCUGUCAGAUGCCCUCUAUCGCCUCCUCCUGGCCUCAGUUUGUCUGUGUGUCUGUGGAAAUGCAAUUAAAGACAUUCAAAGGACCACAGGCUCACCCAGAUUGAGAUCUCUGAGGAUGGUGGCCCAAAUUGAAAAUGAGGCAGGAGCGCUCAAGAACUUCCGAAAGACAUUUGGCAGCCUUGGCGAAGCCGUUCUAGAAAGGACACCGAGAGACACAAUGUUUGGAGACGCUAGGGUGUCUUCCUCCAGCGGAGCUCCGAAUCCACCCGGAUUUACCGGUGGGAGCUCCACGCUGUCGUGGGAACGUGAAAGUCCCGACAUCCCCACGCCUCCGGAGCCCUUCUUACCUGACAUCAUGCCUAAAGAGGACAACGUGGACAGCCUGUGGACGGAGACCCUCACACCAAGCGGAGCAGACACGGCGGCGCCGCCAUCCCAGGACGAACCUACGGAGGGCACCAUGUCUUCCGAGUCGCUUCCUCUCAUUUUUGAGCCUGUGGAAGAAUCCGGGGCUCAGCUUCCCUCCACCGCGACUUCACCGUUGGGGGUCGAUGCCGAGACAGGCGAGCCUUCGCGGACACCACCGACGACAGCAGACGCCAAGCGCCCUUAUCCUGUUGGCCACUUAGAACUUGCACACGUAUCCACGACGGCCGAUCCAGAUACGCAGUACCACUUUUGUUUUUUCGAGACCGAGCACUACGGUAAGCCGCCAAGGCGUUCAAACACAGUUCCAUUUUCAACCGGCAAAACAAUCGUUUGCUUUUCAGAUAUGGACGAAGCGGAGAAUUCUGACGAAUCGCCGGAAGAUGACGAGAAUGAGGCGGAUCCCACCGAGUCGUCCCAGACGCAGGCCCCUUACAGCCUUAUCCCUCCGCCUCCCGUAUGGGUGCAACGAAACCAGGGCCUGAUGCGAAGUUGGGUGGCGCUGAUCCGCGAAAAGGCGGGCUACGUGUCAGGCAUGCUAGCCCCGGUAGCCAUUGGAAUGAUGGGGGCCCUGAUACUCGUCGGCGCCCUCUACAGCAUUCGAAGGAUCCAGCGGCGGCGGAGGAACAGCUUCAAACGCCAGCGUAGUAAGGUUCAACCCGCAGAGCAAACAAGUGAAACCCGCCCCGGCCGACAGGAUCAGGCUAUGCUGCUGGCGGACAGUUCCGAGGAUGAGUUCUGAUCCAGAAGACUUAAGCAGGGGUGCAAACGCAUUUUUGUGGCUGGCUACCUGGUGGUUAUGGUUUUCUUUGGAGAGCCGCCGUUUACCAGAUUUGGACUGCCACGAUUGAUCGGCUACUCGACAACUAAAUGAUGGUAAAAGGAACAACUAUUUUGAUAGUGGAAGAGUUGUGUAGACGUUGUUCAAAUCCUUCGUAGCAAAUAUUCUUUUAUUGUUUAUAUUGUGUCGAUAUUUUUUUCAAAUAAAAAAUUUGUAAGGGGCAAACAGAA